AUGGGAAGGUCCCCUUGCUGCGAUGAAACUGGCCUAAAGAAAGGUCCCUGGACUGCUGAGGAAGAUGAAAAACUCACCAAAUAUAUCCAAAAACAUGGCCAUGGCAGCUGGAGAGCCCUUCCAAAACUUGCAGGUCUUAACAGAUGUGGGAAAAGUUGCAGACUUCGUUGGACUAACUAUUUGAGACCUGAUAUUAAGAGAGGAAAAUUUUCUCCAGAAGAAGAGCAAACAAUUCUUAAUCUCCAUGCUGUACUUGGAAACAAGUGGUCGACUAUUGCCACCCACCUGCCUGGAAGGACGGAUAAUGAGAUCAAGAAUUUCUGGAACACUCAUCUGAAGAAGAAGUUGAUUCAAAUGGGAUUUGAUCCAAUGACUCAUCGUCCUCGGACCGAUAUCUUCUCCAGCUUGCCCCAUCUUAUAGCUCUGGCUAAUCUUAAAGAGCUUAUGGAACAAAAUUCAUGGGAGAAACAAGCUGUAAGAUUACAAACUGAAGCUGCUCAAAUAGCUAAGCUUCAGUACUUGCAAUAUCUUCUUCAACCUCCAGCCGCUUCAAUGCCAUCUUUAUCGAACAGUUUGAGCGCAACUAUCCCGGAUAUGGAGGCUUACAACCUACUAAACUCGCUCUCAGCAGUGAAGGAUAGCCAAGUAUUAAGCACAAAUCCUAUGGAGACCCCUAUUCCAUCAUCCAUUAUGGCUACCAAUACUCUUCAGGCUGUCCAUGAGUCCAUCCCUUUCUCUCAUUUGCCUGACUUGGAAUCUCCCUGCAGCUUUCAGACUUCUAUGAACAAGGAUCAUAUGGUUCAAGCCUCUAACUUAACAAUUCUCUGCAGCCAAGGAGAAAACUCGCCGACUUCGCCAUGGCUUCCCCACUCCAGCUUAUCUCCAUCUCCUCCUCCUCCUCCGGUUAUUCCACCGAUGACCGAGGUUUCCAUUACCAAUGGUGGGGAUGCUUGUAGUACAUCCAGCUAUGAAGGUGGUCCAUCUUCUAUUUGGCCUGAACUCUUGCUUGACGACCCUUUGUUUCAUGAGAUUGCUUAG